AGAUUUUAGAGAAAUAUAAUGUAUAUGAUACCUGAAGAAAAUGACUUUCAAGAAGACAACACUGAAAAUGCAGAUUUGCAGGAUAUAUCUUACUCGAAAUCUCUAAAUCAAGUAGAAGAAGACCAUGAAAAAGAUCAGGAAAAACAAGAGUUGAUGAGGCUUUUAACUGAUUGGAAACAAGAGUUUCUGGUUAAUGAUUUGAUAAAUCAAAAAAUAUUUACUGGAGUCCUUAAGGUUCUAAGGCCACAUCAUAUAGAACGUAUUUUAAGGAAUUAUGAUUUAGGAACUCAAAUUUUAUUUGAACACAAUUUAUUCGAAUGGAGAAAACUAAUAGGAAUCCCAUUGGUUUAUGAUGAAUGCAACCAUUUAGUACCGUCUAAUAUUCCAAUAUCACCAUCAUCAUCGCUUGUUUCUAGAUCGCCGACUCCAUCACGAGAAAACCGUUUUUCACCGUAUUUCUUUCAUCAAUCUGAUGACUGCGAAAUUACUUUGAAUAACAUACUAAACGAAAACGCGAAAGGGGAAAUGUUAGUUGGGUACUAUAACAAAUAUUCAAAAUUUGAAGCUGAACAAAGAACGAUAUUAGUGAAUUUGAUAGCUCAACAUUUUGAAGAGAAAGGAGUUGCAAUGACCCUAGCAGUGAGUUAUAAGUUGGAAAACGAAAUUUUGGAGAGGUUUACUAAUGAAAAAUUGGAAUAUUAUCGAACUAGUAAACGCGGUAAAAUUUAUAACAAAUGUUGCAAUCUCAAAAUGUCACUGAAAAAUAUUCUUUGCCAAAAUACGAAUGAAAAAACUCUAAAAAAAGUUUCUUCUAAAAAUUAUCGUGAAGAAAAAUUUUUUGAAUCAGAACAUGAUGCUGAAGGGUGCUUGCGGGCGUUGAAAUAUGACAAUUUAGAAGCGGAUCAUUUUGACAAUGUGUGGAAAGCAUGUAGCCAAUACAGAUUGAAUGAUAUCAAAAAUUUUCAAAAUACUUCCGAAAUAAUGGAAAAGUGGCCAUUCUAUAAAUUCCCAACUGGAUUUCGAUUGGUAAUAUAAGUUUCUAAUUAAAUCUUUUACAUAAUUCUUUUUCCUUUUAGAUUGAUAUAGAUUUUAGUAUAGCUUUUCAAAACGCCAAUGGUUUAUUUGAUAAUUGGGGGCGAUGCUCAGAUAAAAUUUUACUUUUUUUAAGGCAAAAUCAAAACGUUAAAGACAAAAGUGUCAAAACUGCGCUGGA